AUGUUUAAUGACCCUUCUUUUGGGAUGUUCAGGAAGAUGGACAAUGUUGGGACUUCCGAGAUACCGUCGAAAGACAAACAACAUUUUCGGUAUAAGCCAGAAUGGAUUGAUGAUUUUGACGUAGAUGGAAAUCAUAUAAAAGAAAAAAUGUUUGAAUCUGAGGAGGAAGCUGGGGAUUUUUAUAAUUUUUAUGCCAAAUGUACAGGAUUUUCAAUCAGAAAGGAAGAUGUACGACGCAACAAAAGCUCGGGUAUGAUUGACAUGCGUAAAUGGGUUUGUUCUAAGGAAGGGUUCCGUGAUAAAAAGUGGUUAGAAAAGGAAGAUAAAACAAGAGAACCCAGGCCCAUGACUAGAGUUGGUUGCCCAGCAUUAUUUCGUGUCAAGUACAACAAGAGGCUAAAGAAGUUUGUUGUCACUGAAUUUGUAAAGAAACACAACCAUGAACUCAUGACUGAGGAGGGCGUAUCAUUUUUGUUCUCCCAUCGAUCGGUGAAAGAGUCUGAUCUUGUAGAAGCGAUUUCCAUGCAUGAAGUCGGUUGGCGUACGAGUGAGAUAAUGAAUUUUUUUGCACAUCGAGCGGGUGGAUACCACAAAGUUGGCUUUACCUUGAAAGAUUUGUAUAACUGUAUCUACGCCAAACGAAAAGCAGAAAUACGAGACGGGGAUGCGGAAGUGAUGAAAGCCGAACAUAUAAAAGAGAUUCCUUCAACUUGUGUAAUGAAGAGGUGGACUCGGGAUGCUAAGCAAAAUGAGCUCAGCAAAAAAGAACCAGAAAUUCGUAAAGAUGUCACUCAAAAUGCACGCUAUGGUUCUUUGAUUUCCCUUUGUAACAAGAUGUGUUACUAUGCCUCAUUAUGCGAUGAAGGGUAUGGCGAAUUAUGUGACACAAUCGCUCGGGUGACCAAUAGAAUGCAUGAAAUUUAUGCCAACUCCUGUCCUUCUGACAAUGAAACCGAUGCUUCAAAGAAAAAUGAAAAGCAUCGUUUUGGUGUGCGUGAUCCAAUAAUUACAAAAACUAAAGGAUCAAGUGGUUUACAUUCCAAACAAAAACCAAGAAGGUGCAGAAAAUGCAGGCUUCCUGGACACAAUAAAACAACAUGCCCCAAGAUGAAAUCCAGAGAAGAUGACAAAGAUUCAUUGGAUUUUGACACUUCAGGCGAGGACAAUAGCCAAGAUCAAUCUUCUUUUCAUGCCAGCUCAAAGAGGGGAUAUCACAGUUGUGAAUAUGCAAACUCUAGCCAUGUGAAUCAACAACCAAAUGCUUUUCCUACAUUUAAUCAAUAUUCUGGAAAUGACUUAAGCUUCCAGGAUUUGUUGUUUUCGUUUGAUCCAAGUAGUGUGGAGGCUCAAUUUGGCACUUCGAGUCAGACAAGCAUCAGAAUGAAUGAAGAGAAGGGGGCAACUGUUUUGGAGAUCAGGGACCAGCAAAGUUUUGUUGAUCUUCUGCGCGCAGGGGAAGCUCGUAGGAUUGCUGCUAACACGAAACUGAACACUGAGUCUUCCCGUAGCCAUGCCCUUCUCAUGUCUCUGCCCGACAGGGAUGAAUUUUCUAUCGAAACUCGAGACCACUCUGAUAUGGUCGGCAAUAUUAGGCCCCCUAUGCUUCGGAAAGGCAAACUAGUUGUUGUCGAUCUAGCUGGUUCUGAAUGUAUACACAAAUCAGGAACAUCCAGAACUUCAUUAGUUUUCACGAUAGGUCCAUCUCCACGCCAUCGAGCAGAAACAACAAGCACGAUAUUGUUUGGUCAAAGGGCUAUGAAGGUGGAGAACAUGCUCAAGAUAAAGGAAGAAUUCGAUUACAAGAGUUUGUCCAGAAGGCUUGAGGAGGAGAAUACAAAAUGCCAGAUGGAUUAUAUGGAGUCAAUUACGAAGCUUGAGGAGAAAUGGGCCCAUAACCAACAAAAGCUUGUCAGUAAUGAAGAGGUUCGCAAGGAUGCUGGCGAAGAGGUUGCUGAACUGAAAUCAUUGCUUCAAAAGGAAGUUCAUCUACGAAAUGCAGCCAAAGAGGAAAUACAUAACUUAAAAAGUCAGCUACAUCAAUUUUCGAGGGUUGAGUUGGCAGGUGGAAAUGCUAAUGACUUUGGUGGCCUUCAAGAAGUGCUGGAAGAGGAGAGUAGCUAG